CGUUCGGUUGGAAGAGCGGCGGCGUCAACGUGCUUUCGGAUUGGUAUUCGGUAUUCGGGGAAUAUCGCGCAGAACCAACAGAAAACUGAAAUCAAAGUGCAUGGAAGAUUCGUGCGUGAUUGCGAAAAGUGUCGCCGACUGCAACUGUGAAAUGCAUUGAGAGGCGCAAGAGUGAAGAGCGAAUGCAAAUGUGAGUGCCAGUGGCAGAGAGUGAGAGCGGGGAGUGCCCCAUCAAAUCGCAUCAUUUGUCGCUGAGCAUCUGAUGCGACCGCUUGGUUCCGACUGCGCUUGGAGCUGGAGAACUUGGAGCUUGGAGUUCGUACACACAAAUCUCGGUGCUGGAUCGGUCUGUCUGUCUGUCGGUCUCUGGGGUGAAGUGUCGCGUCGUGACGAGUCUCGAUUUCAAUUAAAGACUGCUGCUGGCAGCUAUAACAUCUUAUUAACUCUCAACUGGCGGCCCUAUUAAGAAGAUUAUCAUCCAUAGACAAGUCAGCGAAAAAAAAUAAAAAACAUUGCUACGUCGGACUGACCCAGAAACUCCGGUGAAACUGGGUCAGAGUGCGAAAUUCACGUAUAGUGCGGUACGAAACGGAAUGAACUUGGAACGAGGAGAGCAAAAAGUGCCAAAAACAAAAAAAAGCUGCGCGCGUUAUAAGUGAGAUUCUCUGGGGAAUCUCAGGUGUUGUGGAGACACUUCCGUGGGUGGAAUACAUGACGUUGGUCCGCCCAUCAUGAAAGGCAUCUGCGGGGAGCAGCUCAACCAUUGCAUGCUGCUGGGCGACUGCGAAAACGGUGGAGAUGGCGGCACAAUAGUUGGAGCUGAAGAUGGCAUUGGCGUUACAGGAAGCGGAGGAUUGGCUGCCUCAGCGCGUCACAUCCGCUUGCGGCAGGUGCAGAGCAUGGCCGUGCCAGCGACCAGCGCCUACGACACCCUGGAGCGGCCCUAUCGCCAUGACAAGGCACGCGGACGCUGGGCCAAGUCGGCGGACUUUUAUUUCGCCAGCUGCACCCAUUGCUUCACCUCGGUGAUGUUCUCGGACCUCCCCAUCUUCGGCCUAAUUAACGGCGGCUGGGUAUUAUUUAUUAUCGCCUAUCUUAUGGGUAUUUUCAUCUACUCCCUGCCCAUAUUUUUGAUCCAAGCAUUUCUGGGACAGUUUUCCACUUCCGGAUCUAUUUCAGCAUUUCGUGUGGCGCCCAUUUUUAAAGGCAUCGGCUAUUCCAUACUGCUCAUAAAUCUGGGAACACUCACGUACUACAGCAUUGGGGCGGUGGUGCCACUUAUCUACGCUGUGAACACUUUGCAUGCGGUGAUUCCAUGGAUGCACUGCAACAAUACGUGGAACAGUGCUGACUGUUCCACCUACGACAACUACGAUCAAGAUAAUUUCACUGUCGAUCCACAUUCCACUGUGGAGUUCUUUCGAUCGAUGAUUGCCUCCACGGGCGAAGGCUCUACUGCCAUGAGCACCUCCUUGUCCAUGGUCGUGGCUGUGGUGGCCAUUUGGCUGCUGGUACUGGCCCUCCUGCUCAAGCCCGUUGCCUUUAUUGGCAAGACGCUGCGUUGUGCUUGUGUCGUGAUGUUUGCCUUCUUUGUGGCCGUUUUCUUCUAUUUGGCCAUUCACGAGAGCGUGAACCUUGGGACCAUAAAAAGCUACCUGCUGCCUAUGUUCUACAACAUGAAGCAACUUUUGGGAGCUGCAAGGUCUGCCUUGCUAUUAGCCGGCCUGGCCCUCGGCCCCGGCUAUGGCAGUAUCAUCAAUCUGGCGAGCUACAACAGCUUCCGCAGCGAUGCCGAACGAAUGAGCAUUUGGGUGUGCCUCACCCAUGCCACCAUUGGCCUCUUGGCCGUCCUCUGCUGCAAUGUGGCCCACGAUCAUUUCGAGGAUCAUGUGGGCAUGCUGCCGUUGCAUGUGGAUGAGAAGCAUGCCAUGCAGUACUUGUAUCUCAGUUUCUCGUAUCUGUUCGGCCGCUUUAGCACUGUGCCCAAUCUCUGGGCAUUCCUGUUCUUUGUCAUCAUCUUUCUGGCUGAGCUUUCAGCAUUGAUGAUCCAACUGCUGUCUGUGCUGACGUCCCUCUUCGAUGAGUUUGAGUGGUUGAGGUGCAGAAAGAUGCCAAUUAUCUGCUCGCUGAUCUUCUGUCUAGCAGCCACAUCCCUGUACUUUUGUACGCAGUUGGGCUUCAGUCAGCUAAAUCAGCUGCCACAGCUGGCCAUGUUCUCUCAUGUCAUCAUUUCGGGUGUGCUCGUCCUGAUGGCCACUUGGGUCUAUGGCCGUGUGCGCUUCCAGUGCGAUCUGCAGUUCAUGCUGGGCAAAACGAUCUCAAGCUUCACCAUAUUCUUUAUACGCUUUGGCACGCCCAUCUUUCUGGGGCUUUGUCUGUAUCAGCUCGGCUACAUAUUGUUAAGUUUCAAUGGACUCCAUCCAGUUCUCAUGUGGCUGAGCCAGGGGCUGAUUUUCCUCGUGGCCAUCGUGUAUAUGGCCUACAAGGUGACCAAGACGAACGGCAGCUGGCGGCAGCGACUGCAACAGUGCCUGGCGCCCCAUGACUGGCAUCCGGUGGAUGCGGACAAUCGUCGCUUUUACGAGGAGAUAAUGGGUAUCUCCGAGAUGCUGGUGAUCGAUGCCAAUGCCAAUACCACAUAGUGCCUGUAUUUGAAAAAGAAAUACUCUUAGAAUCGAAUCAAAAAAGACCCCCAGGGGUCACCGUUCGUACUUAAGUCGCAGUCGCGCCCCCAUGACACGUGAAUGACGAGAGGUCGGUCAUUCUCUGCCGCAGGUUGCGGCUCGAACUGAAACUCACUUUUAUUAUACACCACAUAAACGAAUUCACUCGGAAUCAAAACACGGAUCAAGUGCAAUUGCUGAUGGCUGACUUUUUUGAUGGAGCUGUACUGAUAUUUUCCAAACGCUAGCUAUAGUCAACAAUAAACUGGUGAUAUUUAGUAGUUGCCUACAAAAAAGAACUAAAACUAAAACUAAAAACUAAAUUCCGCCAAAAGGUAAACGGAAGUUCUACAAGCUUCGGCCAAAAAUAAAAUAUUUAAAACAAUAAAAUUUUAAAAUAAAAACGAGAAGGAACGUGUAAGUCGC